AGCCCAAGGAUGUGAGGGAGCGGCGGGCGAUGGAGCCCGGCACUGGGAAAUCCACGCUAGCCUCGACUUUCGCAUCUCUCGGAGCCACCUUACCAUGUCCAAUGACCGAGUGCUUGGUCAUGAUCAUCAUUAGCCAGCCUCGACUGCUGUUUAAAUGUGAUUUCAGUCUGCAGCUGUCGUGGGAACAACUUUCAUCAUAAGCUGCCCUUUGAAGUUUCUUGAUGAGUUAAAAUGGAAAACAAAAAGGAGCCUCCCUUCUUUAAUGAGGAUAAUUCUGGGCCGUUAAGCUAUAAACUCCCGUUUUAUGAGACAAUGGAACUUUUCAUUGAAACGCUCACGGGAACUUGUUUUGAACUCCGAGUGUCUCCUUUCGAGACGGUGAUUUCUGUGAAGGCCAAAAUUCAAAGACUAGAAGGUAUUCCCAUAGUACAGCAACAUCUGAUCUGGAAUAACCUGGAACUGGAGGAUGAAUACUGUUUACAUGACUACAGUAUAUCAGAAGGUUGUACACUUAAACUGGUGCUCGCCAUGAGAGGGGGACCUAUAAAUACCAGAAGGGUUCCAAUGGAAGAUCCCAGUAGGGAUAUGGCUGAAUACAUGGAAACCAGUCGGGAUGACAUCUGGGAUAAGAUCCCUUCCAACAAGCAAGUCACCUUUCUAGUAUAUCGUGAAGGGGACCAAUUGAAUUUCUUUCGAGUUGUAGAUCGAGGGGAUGGCACUUUAACACCACUCUCCGAGUCCUUGAGUGGAGGUUCAGUGUUCAACCUCUAUGCAGAUGAUGAAGAUGAAUCUGAGGAAUCUCCAUCUGGGCAGCAGAUACUUGAGAAUUCAAUUACUAUGAACAAAAUGAAGCUGCUGAAAGCAAAGAUGGAAAAUAUGAAUCUUAGUAAAAAGCCCAAGAAGAUUGCCAAGGUGAAACCAAGGCCUCCAGUGGCACCCAGACCUACCAGCAGUUCGAUCACCGCAGCUCGUCACCGCCUCUUCCGGGUUCUCCCUCACAAUGGGCAGUCUCUCAAUCACUCGCUGUGUCUACCUCCCGUUGGUGAUCCAACGCUUUCGUACCGUAAUGUACUGAGCCCCAAUUUUGCUUCAGGCGUUAGCCUAGCUCCGUCGUCUUCUAACAGCUUCCUGUUGAAGGAUGAAGAAAACGCCGACUUGACCCCUUUGCUCCAGAGUGCAAUCCCGACGCCGGGCAUGGUUCUGCGGGGAGAAAUGAGAAACUCGCGGCAACAGAACAUGCUUCCGCCACUUAUUUCUCAGGACUUCAGGGAAGCUCCGACUAUUUGCACAGAUUUUGUAACAGAUUGCGUGGCAGGUGGCUCACGGUUAAAAUCCCCCAUUACAGAAGCGAGCCUCCCAGAAGAGAAAAGGGUACCUGACGAUGCUGCAAGUGUCCUUGCCUUGUCUGUAGACGCUGAUCGAGCAGAAGAGGCCAGCCUACUGAGUGAAAUCGGACUUAACACUUCUCUAUAUGAACAGACCAAGGUAGAGGCUAAGCCUUCAGAAAGGGAUGCUGUGGAACCAAGUGCUAUCAGACCAGUUUUUCCAAACAUGCUGGGGUAUAUUCCAAUGGAGUCUGAAAAAUCUAGUCUUGCUGAGUUGAUUCCGAAGAAGGAAAAGGUUAUGUCGCCGACCCGCUAUCCCGAACCAGUCUCUCAUAGUUCUUUAAUUGCCCUCCCAACUCAAAGACCCCCAAAGACCUUUGACAUAAAUAGCCUGAGACCUCCUGCCUCACAACAGUUAUUGCACUCAGCUCAGGACAGUGGUGGUUUCCCCAGUGUUUCACUGUCAAAGGCGGGCAGGUUUCGAGGACUCAAAGUAGAUUCCCCCGGGAAGAAAGCGGAUAUAAUUUUGAAAACUGAGGUGACUGAGAUGGCAAACAAAGCAGAAAAGGAGCCUGUGGGCUGUCCGAAAGACAUUGGAAUGCUUGCUUCGCUGGCACGGAGCACAUCUAGGGAUAGCGUACAGAGUAACUGUGGGACAAGCAGACAGCGGACAUCUGGAAUUGUACUACCUGCUGGUGUUCAAAAUUUUCAUGAAGAGAUUUUUAGAAGCAUUCCUUCACCGGAUCGGGUUUCAAAUACAUUUGUUUCUCCCCUUGGACUUUGUGCGACCUGCAGACCCACUACAAUAGGAAGACGAAUAGGCACCCCUACACAUCAUUUCCCACCAGUAAAGGCUGUAACCCAAUCAAAAAAGAAAAAUGCCAAGCACUGCUUUCUUUGUGGGAAGAAAACUGGAUUGGCUACCAGCUAUGAGUGCAGGUGUGGAAACAACUUCUGUGCAACACAUCGCUAUGCCGAGACUCAUGAAUGCACAUAUGACUACAAGACAGCAGGAAGGAGAUACUUGCAGGAGACCAACCCUGUUGUUAGUGCACCAAAGCUUCCGAAAAUUUGACCCAAUUAGUGCUACUUGCAAAUCUUCCUGUCAAACUGUGCUAAAAGAACAAUAAGAAGUAUUUAACUGUCUUGCUUAAUUUUGACAUUGGUCUGGAAAGACAAAAUUGCCAAUCAAAAGCACAUAAUUGAUGCUCGGUAUUUAUGUAUUAUGUAAACACUAUUGUGGGUUUUUAGUUUGCAUCUUAAUUCUUUUUAGUAAAUUGUCAGUGUGGAAAAACAAAAUGAAUUUCCUGAAGAUUUAUGCUGUGAUGAACUUGGUUUCUAAUGAAUGCAGAUGUUUUGUUAACUUUAUAUUUGGUGCAGACAAUGCUUCACUAGCAAAUCUUUCAAGAAUGCACUUUAAAAACUUGUCACUACUGUUUGACUAAAACCCCAAGGAAGGGAGGACCUUUUUUGAAGAAGGAGGCAUGUGCAUUACGUCUUUGUAGUAUAACGUUUUAAGUACUUGUCUAUUUUAACAUUGCAAGUUCUUGUUAUAAGUAUAUUUAUUUCACAGUGAAAAGUUUGCCUUUCUGCUGCUUUUACAGAUGUUGACACCAUUGAUGACAGGAUUCAGUGACAACUGCACUUAGCUCCCACACUGGGUUGGUUGUGCAAUAUCUCUGUAGUUUUUUUUAAAAAAUUCCUUCAAGUUUUAUGCACUGUAUCAAGUUUAUCAGCCACCUCAUCGAAACAUUUUGUGAGGUGAUUUUAAAGCUCAUUUGUCUAUCUCUUUGAUCGAUCCUCAAAAAUGAUCCGCUACGUAAUUCUUUGCUUCCGUUGCCAUAUCAAACACAUUUUGGCAAAGUGAAUCUUUUUUGUAUCCUCUCAGUUUUUUAACGUAAGACUCUACACAGUGCUGUUGAUUUGUUUUUGGCAAAUAAAAAUUAGAGUGCUGUUAACAAGAUUUGAAUAAAAAUUGAUUUUAUUUGCACGUAUAAUUUUUCUAAAGUUUGCAGGCAACACCUAGCCGAUAUUAAACUAAUUUAUAUUAAAAACAAUAAUGGCAUUUUUGAGUUUGUACUUUGCUUUAAUAUCAAAGCCCAUCCCGUUCAUUACAGGACUCUAUGGUUUAGGAAAAUGAUAAAAUCCAAUGAUGCAAAUGCUUUGGUUUGUAACUGAAACAAAAUUAGCUGGAAAUCCAUAACUGGUAUGCAAGGAGGAAGGCAAGUUAGCAUGUCAAAUGAAGACUCUUAGUCAGACUCUCUGCCUCUCAAAAUGAGGUUUAACAGAUACAGUCCCAAAGAAGAGGAGAAAGGGACAACACAGAUGGUCAACAGGAUUGAAAGAUACCAACAAAAGACAGAACUUUGAAGGCUGACAUGACUAGAAACGGCAGAGAAUCAAACAAUGGAAUAAAUAGAAGGACAUUUCUCUCUAUAGAGGUUCAUGCAAACUGACUUCUGACCUGUUUUGAUAAGCUGUUAAAAGACCUGCUGGCCCACAGUUUAACAAGGUGAGACAAUGAGGGCUGUGCAUGUGGAUGGUGGGAUUGCUACUUUGAGAUCGGGUGCGAUGAUAGUAAUGUUCGUCACUGUUUUGUUUGUACUCAUGUAAAUAUAGUUGAACUCUAUUUUCUUCAAAAAGACUUUGUUGUCAACUGCAGUAAGGUAUACUUGUGAAUUGCAAGUGGCAGUAUUAUGUGUGACACAGGAGAUGUAUUAAAUGUUUGCGUUGAAUUGCA